AUGAGUAUCGUCUGCAAGAACCUCGAGCAUCUGUUAGACGGCACCCGUGCUGCGGAAGAAUCUGUGUGGCUUGCGGCCCACCACGUACUCCUCAACUACGAUCGUGGUAGCUUUCCGGCGGUGCAGAACCGUAUUUCAGAAUGCAUGCUGGAUCUGUUGGGAGAAGUAUUGAAAGACUUGCCGCGGGAAGCAGCCCAGCCCAGCAGGAUGCUGUGGAGAGCCAAAGACAGAAGUGGGCUUCCCUGUUGGUGGAAGCUCUGCAGGGCAUGUAAGCCGCUCCAGCGUCCGUCUGCAAGAGCCUGCUUGGAGAUUUGCUGCUCCUCUGGCGGAGGCGUGCUCGUGCUGUGA